UAUUGGAUGUAGCGACGUCUCGGGCUGUUCAGUUGGUUGUUGCCUUCCUUGGCGUGUGUGUCGUCUUUUCGCGUUGUCGCGCCUCAUUUGUGUCCACCACAAUUUUCCAUACAGCACUCGAACAAGGGGCAUUUUUCCUCUCCUCCUUUUUAGUGGGUGUGUGCAUGCUGUUAGCGCCGGUUCAUUAAUAAAAACCUUAAUAAACUAACAAGCUAGUCAAUUAGAGAGUGAGAAUUGCAAAAAGCCGGGCGCACUUUUGUUCCUCACAUAACAAAGUGGGAAUGUUGCUUGAGAAAAUAAGAUCCAGAAAUUGACUAUCGACCCUAAAACAAUUCCUCGUCAGAAGAAACACCCAAAAUCAUCUCCAUCCUCUCUCUCACUCACUCUCAGCGCAGAAAGGCAACUGAAAGAAAUUGUUUUCGGUAUUGAAAAGACACUGGAAAUGGCAACUCAAGGCAGUAACACUUCAAGGCUCACACAAAUGCAGAUGCGAUUCCAGCAGAGGCAGCAGCAAGAGAGGAUUCAGCGUAAAUUGGAAAUGAGCAGUGCACCAUCCAUAAUCAAUAACAAUAGCAUUAACAACAAUGGCUCCAGUGGAUUGGAAAUGGACACAAGUUGCACGCCUGGAAAGGUGAGGCAAUUGUUCGAGGAGCGGCGCCAGCGGAGCAUCGGAAUUGAUAAGAGCUACCCACUGCAGCCGAUUCAGAUGAAGCAGAGCCCCAAGGCGACCAGCAAGACGCCAACCAAGACAUUCUCCACAUCGCGCGGCGACACCGACAAUGGCCUGGACAGUUGGUCAACGGCCAAUAACAACUACGGCGGCAAGUUGUCCAACGUGGGCCGCCUGGCAUCGCUCAGCAUCAGCAACAACAAUGCCGCGCCCGCGAAGAAUGGCACAGGAGUGAGCAGCAAUCCGGUGAAAUUGAGACCUGUGAUCGUGAAGAAGGCCGCCAAUGUGGCAAGUGAUAGCGGACAGACGGCCGGACACGUGAAUGCCACUAGGAAUCUAACGAAUUUAUCCAAAUUGACCAACAAGAGCAACGAUGGCAUCAAUGGAACACACAAAGUGCCACCAAAAGCUGAUGCUGCAGCGCCUGCUAAGAAGCAAUCUCCGGCAAAAGUAGCCAAGAGUGGUCCACCUCCAGAUGGAAUGUCUGAGUGCAAUAUCUGCGGUCGCUACUUCGCUGAGGAUCGCAUUCAGAAACACAUUGCAAUUUGUGCCAAGAUUACGAGUAAGAAGAGGAAAAUCUUUGACUCCACGAAGCAUCGCGUUCAGGGCACCGAUGCUGAGACGUUUGUGUUGAAGAGAGGUCCUCGAGGUGCCCGAACUGUCGCCGCGGCUCCUCCCAAGGCGCAGCCCGCGGCCAGCAGCAGCGGCGGCUCGGCGGGCAAGAAGAACAACUGGCGGCGGAAACACGAGGAGUUCAUCGAGGCAAUUCGUGCGGCGAAACAGAUGCAGGCGCACCUGGCCAAGGGCGGCAAGCUCUCUGACUUGCCACCACCGCCGCGAUCAGAGAAUCCGGACUACAUUCAGUGUCCGCACUGCAUGCGGCGCUUCAACGAGGCGGCCGCCACGCGUCACAUCCCCAAGUGCGCCACGAUGCUGCACAACAAGCCCAAGCCGCAGCCGCCCAAGAAGCGCUACUAACU